CCAUUUUGUGGAUCUAUCCUUGUAUCCAUACAUCUUUGUCCCUUCUCUCAAGUCACCUGGCUAUCGACGAACAUCAUCUAUAGACGUUACGGUAGAAGAGAAAGAGUGGAGUAGACAAGAUGGUACAGCCUGACAGAGCAAAUUUGUCUCGGACUAUACGUAUAACCAUCGUCGCUGCUGAUUCACUCAUCAAACGAGAUAUUCUCCGUCUGCCAGAUCCCUUUGCGCUAGUUUCCGUGGAUGGAGAGCAGAUUCACACGACUUCAGUCAUCAAAAGGACUUUGAACCCCUAUUGGAAUGAACAUUUCGAUAUUACCGUCAAAGAUUCUUCCGUUGUCGCUGUACAAAUUUUCGAUCAACGGAAGUUUAAGAGAAAGAAUGAUCAGGGUUUCUUAGGUGUUAUCAAUAUCAAAGUUUCUGAUGUAAUCGAUUUCGAACUGGGUGGCCAAGAAAUGCUCACUCGUGAAUUGAAAAAAGGUUCGGAAAACCUCGCUGUCAAUGGUAAAUUGAUUGUCUACCUUUCGACUCAGACCGGCACUCCUGCCGCAAGUGCCCCCGCUUCGGCAGCGCAGCCUCAGACCGCGCCUCCUCCAACCCUCCCUGUUCCCGACAACAAUGGAUCUGCGGUCAGUCUCAACACUUCUGCAGGACCUUCAGGACGUCCCGCAAAUAAACUUCGACCAGUCAACGUUGUCUCCGACGAACCUGACAGUCCUUCUGUCUCAAACGAACCUUCUACACCUGCUGUCGCCGCUGCACCUACUUCAUUAUCACAACCUCCUAUGACCAACGCUGCUGCUGCCGCCUCGACAGGUCCUCCCGUCGUCAACCCGACUUCUCAAGCUGCCGUCACUGGUCAGACCGGUGCCACCACACCUGGAGGUCAUCAUUUUGACUCUCAUUCUGACCAGCUUGGACCUCUUCCUCCCGGAUGGGAAAGACGUAUUGAUCAUUUGGCUCGUACUUACUAUGUCGAUCAUAACACUCGUACCACCACUUGGAACCGACCCAGUGACAACGUCUCGUCAAACACCGCCACACAAGCCAACUCCACCGGUGAGGCUCGUGCAAGACACAAUCAACGUACCCUUGCCGAUGAUAUGCUCGACGUUCAACCUCAGCAAACGGGUCCUGUCACUCCCGCCACAGGUGGUGGCGGUGCGGUGCCAUUGACCACUGGAGGUGUCACCACCGCUGGGUCUGGUCCACUCCCCGCUGGUUGGGAACAACGAUUCACCCCAGAAGGAAGACCUUACUUUGUGGAUCACAACACACGUACCACCACAUGGGUCGACCCUCGUCGCCAGACACUUCUUCGAGUCAUCGGACCUGGUCAGGGUAAUCUGUCUGUCCAACCUCAAACCGUUAGUCAACUUGGCCCUCUUCCCAGUGGAUGGGAAAUGCGACUCACUUCUACGGCCCGAGUUUACUUUGUCGAUCACAACACCAAGACUACCACUUGGGAUGACCCUCGACUUCCGUCCUCGUUGGACCAGAAUGUACCUCAGUAUAAGCGUGACUUCCGUCGUAAACUCAUUUACUUUAGAUCUCAACCCGCUCUGCGCUCCAACACCGGACAAUGUCACAUUAAAGUCUCUCGGGAAAAUAUAUUCGAAGGCAGUUAUACUGAGAUUAUGCGUCAAUCUCCUAAUGAUCUAAAGAAACGACUCAUGAUCAAGUUUGAAGGUGAAGAUGGAUUGGAUUAUGGUGGUCUUUCCAGAGAAUUCUUCUUCUUGCUCUCUCACGAAAUGUUCAACCCAUUUUAUUGCUUGUUCGAAUAUUCCGCACAUGACAAUUACACCUUACAAAUCAACCCUAACUCCGGUGUGAACCCAGAGCAUCUGAACUACUUCAAAUUCAUUGGUCGUGUGGUCGGUCUGGGCAUUUUCCAUCGUCGUUUCCUUGAUGCCUACUUCAUCGUCUCUUUUUACAAGAUGAUAUUGAAGAAGAAAAUCUCUCUUCCAGAUUUGGAAUCGGUCGAUGCGGGUUUAUUCCGUGGGUUGAUGUGGAUGUUGGAGAAUGAUAUCACGGAUGUGAUUGAGGAUACGUUUUCUAUCUCGGAAGAACAUUUCGGAGAGCUUGUGACGGUUGAUUUGAAGGAGAAUGGUAGGGAUAUUGAGGUGACGGAGGAGAACAAGAAGGAAUAUGUCGACCUCGUCACCGAAUACAGAAUCUCGAGACGCGUCGCCGAACAAUUCGAAGCGUUCAUGAGCGGCUUUAACGAGCUCAUUCCUCAAGAGCUGAUCAAUGUUUUCGACGAGCGCGAGUUGGAGCUUCUCAUUGGGGGAAUGUCUGAAAUUGACGUGGAUGAUUGGCAGAAGCAUACCGAUUAUAGAGGAUAUAACCCCUCUGACGAAGUCGUCGAGUGGUUCUGGAAGAUCGUCAAGGCUUGGCCUGCGGAACGCAAGUCGCGUCUCCUUCAAUUCACCACUGGUACAUCGAGAAUCCCCGUCAAUGGGUUCAAAGAUCUACAAGGGUCUGAUGGACCGAGGAGGUUUACCAUUGAGAAAGCUGGUGAGAUUACUCAAUUGCCGAAGAGUCAUACUUGUUUCAACCGAAUCGAUCUCCCAGCUUACAAAUCUUAUGACGUGCUGGAACAGAAAUUGACCAUUGCCGUGGAAGAGACUCUUGGUUUCGGACAAGAAUAACGGCCUCGUGUAUUUAACUUUCUCUCUUAUCUUACCUUCCUCCGCUCUCAUCUUAACCCCCUUUUCGAAAUCAAACCCUUCACUCACCACCACUCGCACUCGAGAAUAGAAUGGACGUAGGUAGUAUCUGUACCAUACUGUGCUUGCGAAAUGUACUGUCAUGCAUCCCGUUCGUAAUC